AUGUACCGCUCAGCAACUUUCCUCACCUUUGCCAGCCUCGUGCUUGGACAACAAGUUGGCACCUACACAGCUGAGCGCCAUCCUUCUAUGCCUAUCCAAGUGUGCACUGCACCGGGCCAAUGCACAAGGGAGAGCACGGAGGUGGUCCUUGAUGCCAACUGGCGCUGGACACAUAUCACGAACGGGUACACCAACUGCUACACCGGCAACGAGUGGAACGCAACCGCCUGCCCAGACGGAGCCACCUGCGCGAAGAACUGCGCCGUCGACGGCGCCGACUACAGCGGCACCUACGGCAUCACCACCCCUUCCUCCGGAGCCCUGAGGCUCCAGUUUGUCAAGAAGAACGACAACGGCCAGAAUGUCGGCUCCAGAGUCUACCUCAUGGCCAGCUCGGACAAGUACAAGCUGUUCAACCUCCUCAACAAGGAAUUCACCUUUGACGUGGACGUCUCCAAGCUCCCGUGCGGGUUGAACGGCGCCGUGUACUUUAGCGAGAUGCUCGAGGAUGGUGGGCUCAAGUCUUUCAGCGGGAACAAGGCCGGUGCCAAGUAUGGCACUGGGUAUUGCGACUCUCAAUGCCCGCAGGAUAUCAAGUUUAUCAAUGGCGAGGCAAACGUCGAAGGCUGGGGCGGAGCCGACGGCAACUCAGGCACAGGCAAAUACGGCAUCUGCUGCGCGGAAAUGGACAUCUGGGAAGCAAACUCGGACGCGACAGCCUACACCCCGCACGUCUGCUCCGUCAACGAGCAGACCCGCUGCGAGGGCGUCGACUGCGGCGCCGGCAGCGACAGGUACAACUCCAUCUGCGACAAGGACGGCUGCGACUUCAACUCGUACCGCCUCGGCAACAGGGAGUUUUACGGCCCCGGCAAGACGGUCGACACGACCAGGCCCUUCACCAUCGUCACCCAGUUUGUCACCGACGACGGGACCGACAGUGGCAACUUGAAGAGUAUUCAUCGGUAUUACGUCCAGGAUGGGAAUGUGAUUCCUAAUUCUGUCACCGAGGUUGCGGGGGUGGACCAGACGAAUUUUAUCAGUGAGGGUUUCUGCGAGCAGCAGAAGAGUGCGUUUGGGGAUAAUAAUUAUUUUGGGCAGCUGGGGGGGAUGAGGGCUAUGGGGGAGAGCUUGAAGAAGAUGGUGUUGGUUUUGAGCAUUUGGGAUGAUCAUGCUGUGAACAUGAACUGGCUCGACAGCAUCUUCCCCAACGAUGCUGACCCGGAGCAGCCAGGUGUUGCUCGCGGGAGGUGCGAUCCUGCUGAUGGAGUGCCGGCGACGAUUGAGGCUGCUCAUCCGGAUGCGUAUGUUAUUUACUCCAACAUCAAGUUUGGGGCUAUCAACUCGACUUUCACUGCCAAUUAG